AUUUCGAACAGUAACAAGUCCUAUGAGUUAUGGAAUAUGGUGUACACAGACACAACUUGUUCAUGCAGGAUCAGGAAUAUGCAGAAAAUGUAUAGAUGCUUUCAAGGAGAGUGUACCAGACAUUACUGUAUACCAGACAGGUUUAGACAGUAUCACAGAUAGUAAUGAUAGUGAGAAAGAAGAGGCAGCUGAAGAACAUAGUUUUAACUUGACCAGUGACAGUUCCAACAAUUUUUACAAUUUGAGACAGAGAACAAAUGUUUCAUACCACAAUGAGUUUGAUGACAUUCUAGAAUGUACAUCAGAGUGUACCCAAGCAACCAACUCUCAGACUUCCAACUGGAGUGACAAUAUCCAGACACCGCUAAAGUGAAAUUAAUCAAGCU